AUGGAGAACAAAGAGUCGAAACAAGCAACUCGGCGCACGGUUCACCGCCGAGUUAGAACUGGCUGUCUGACUUGCAAGAUUCGGAAAGUGAAAUGUGAUGAAACACGUCCAUCUUGCACGCGAUGCGAGUCCACGGGCCGAAAAUGUGACGGAUACAGUUCCAUCUCACAAAGCUCAUUAUCCCAGUUGCAGCCAUCACUCUUUCCCGACACAGACAGCAAUUGCUUGCGCAGCCUGGAUCGGUUCUACCACAGUUUGGAAUCGGCAUUUUGUCUGCCCCUCAAUUACUUGUUUUGGUCGCGCAUUGUAGCACGAUUAAUUGUUGAGGAACCGGCUGCACGCCAUGCCACGAUCAGCCUCAUGAGUCUAUAUGAGACAACCCAUCAGGAUCCUGCAUUUGUCCAGCUUCCAUAUGAUCACGGCUUCUCGCUCCGCCACUAUAACUUUGCCAUGAAAGAGAUUCGCUCAUUAAAAUCAGUCCAAGCCGAUCAACUCGAUACGUUGUUGAUUGUUUGUGUGCUGUUUGCGUGCAUCGAAUUCACACGGAGAGAUAUCAAUGCAGCGAUGACUCAUAUUAAGUAUGGGAUUGAUUUGCUGAAUGAAUCGCGACAUGUGUCGAGGAUAGGUGCUAUCCUCCGAUACAUGAGUCUUACGCCCAUUUUUACCAUUCAAUCCCUGUGGACCCUUCCAGUCCUCACCAACUGCCCUUCUUAUCAGACACCAGAGCAAUUGAACUCGUUUAUCGAGGUCCAGGGCUCAAUCAAUUCUAUUCAAUAUGAUGCUGUUCAGCUGGCCCGCAUGAAAGAACAACAUCGUGUCUCUCAACUCCAUUCCCCUGAUUCGUUGGAGGAAGAUAUGCCACACAUUGUUCUUCAAGAGCAACAGCGGCUAAACGCGGCAGUCGAGUCUUUACGAAUCAAGUUCGCAGAUUUCAGGGCGAGGCUCUCCAUUGACCCCAAAUUCGAACAUAUAUCUUGCAUUCUGCAAAUCAGAUGGCUCAUGUUGAAAAUCUGGGUAAUUUGCUUAGGAGAAGACGACGAAGUGUACGACACCUGUAUGGAUGAUUUUGAAAGAUUAAUCAAUUAUGCACGGAAGUCGCAGCUCCUUCCCACGGCUCCGGGGUUUAUGCUGGAAGUCGGACUUCUUCCAUAUCUCUACUUCGUCAUUGCAAAAUGCCGAAAUCUACAGCUCCGAUUGAGAGCAUUAUCUUUGAUCCAAAAAGGAUAUAACCACAAUGUUGAUAUAUUCUGGGACCCAAGCAUUAUCUACAGGAUGAGCAAGAGGAUAUUGAGAGCAGAGCAUGGUCUUGAAAUCAACGAUACACAUGCUACCAUACUUGAGGCACUCCGAGACUCUCCCAUAUUUGCAGAAGACUUUCGCCUUUGUCACGACUUUGAGACUUGGGAGGCCGAUAAAAGAAUCAACUUGCCAUCACCAAAGGAAAUGGCAGCUAGAACAGGCAGUAUCCCAGCGUCGGAAGCUUUGGGCGUUCCCGAAUGGAAAAGGGAACAGCUUGAAGUUGUUUUCAGCGGAAUAUAA